AUGCGUAUGCUGUUAAGAUACCUUAGAGGUGACAUGAAUGUUGCAGUUAGGUUUCCAAGUGAUUCACCAUUGUUGUACUCAGAGGUUUUUCAGGGAUCACACAUUGUUGCAUUCUCGGAUGCGUCUCACGCACCGUUGAAAGCGACCGGACGUCGUGGAAUUUCAGGAGGUGUUCUGACUUUUCAGGGAUGUACGUUGAAAACGUUGUCCAGGCAUCAAGCCCUGGUAUCACUGAGCUCUAUGGAGAGCGAGCUGUACGCACUUCAGAGUGUGAGUCAGGAGAUGGUAUCUAUGGGAAAGAUGCUUGGGAGAAUUCUGUUUUCCUUCAAGGAGAUUGAUUCCAGUGAGAUUCCAGGAGUUCUGCGAACUGACUCUGAGUCGUCGAUCAAACUGUUGAAAGGUUUGGAUUUACCACGAAAAUCUCGACACCUUGAGAUUCGGAUUGAAUGGCUUCGAGAGAAAGUGGAACUGGGAAAGUUGAAAAUCCACUAUGAGAAGGGGUCCAAUAAUCCAGCUGACGCUUUGACAAAAUGCCUGGGGAGCUCAAUCUUUGGGAUACACAGAGCAGCAAUGGGUUUCGAGGUUUUGGACGCUCCUCUGGGAGCUAUCAUGGCCAUUUCGAGUGGUUUUGUGUUCAUUGAGGUGUGUUGCAAACCGGACUCCAGCAUUUCCAAGGACGGAGAACCGGUUGGAAAGGUGUUGAAGUUCACCAGUAACAGCAAGUUGAUGGUUGGUCGAUUGGCCAAGGACUUUGGACAGUGUCACUGCACUCAGAAACAUGCUGGUUUGACUGAUGUGGAUUGGGCAAAUGCAGCUGGAUAUAGUGGUUUGACAGAAGAUGAGGAGAAGCAGUUGAAAGCACUGUUGAAUAAGGCUCAGCAGGCUCCGGAGGCGUCUGGUGGAUCAGCAAUGACUGAUGCUUCCAAGCGUUUGAGGGGAGAGAGUGAUUCGGACUUUGAAGCAGUUGGAUCUCCAACUACUCCAAGUGAGCUCUUCCGAAGUGAAGAUCGCAAGGAGGUUCCAUUGCCAAAGAAUUGCACUCUGAAGGAGUGGUCUCACACGGUGUGCCAGCUUCCGAAAGUCAAUGGUGAGCCGAAGUGGAACGGAAAGACUUAUUCUGAACUGCUUAGGAUGGCUAUUGACGGUGACAUUGAGCUGGACAAGUAUCUGGGAUUCAUUUUCAAGACGUAUCAUGGGUCCUAUGAUGGAACUCACAAGUCUCAAGCCGUGGACUUGGCUGGGAGAUUGAACACUCCGAUCGAAGUGGCGGCCACUAUCGGUGAGGCGGCGGACGAAAGCACUCCCGAAACUGGAACAUCGGGCGACGGCACUUCAUCCAAUCGAGCUGCAUCUUCAGCAGCACCUCCAUGGAGAGCGAUCACGGAUACCAUCGAUGCGAGCACCAUUGGUGGUACUGAGCCUUUCAUUGCUGUUUUGGCCAGACGGAUGUAUUCCGAUGGGGCAUGCGCAGAGCUUGGCUGGCACAGUUCAACUGAAAUCGCGUGCUGA